AAAAAAGAGGAACCAGGGCAAUAUAUAACACGUAUCUACUGUCGCUCACGUUCCACACCACAAAUUUCUUUUAGUGUACGAGAUUUUAUUGAGCUGAUCGCAACCAUAAAUUAAGAGAAUUAUCUCUGAUUAGGAUCUUUUCCAUGAAUGUAUUUACUCCUAAUGUGGGGUCCCUUCAGGUCGAAGACUCGCUCUGUCUCAGCAUCGCCUGUUGAUAUUAACCCGGCAGAAAGAUAUUCAAAUAGCAGAAUUCGUAAUGACUACAAUUUAUGUACUCGAUACGUUGAAUAAGCUCUAUAAUGAUUAUAAUUAAAUUUUCUGCAAGGAAAGAUACCUUAUCGACUAGCUUAGUAAAAUAAGUGUUGCCAUCUAUUGCUCAUGAAAUGAAAUGAGUCAUCUCUCACCACUCUCACCAGCGCAAGCAGCAGAUGCCCAGCUGGAUAGGUGGAUUAUAUAACUAUAUUAUUCUAGUUUUAUUAUGGUUAUGAAGAUCAACAAUAUUAUUAAUCAUUAUUUAUAGCAGUAUAAAAUUUUGAAAUAAAGACGGGUAGAGAUUAUUUUCGUUUGACAUGGGUGAUUUGUUUGAUUUGGCGAACCUAAUAACAACGGUAGGCGUGGACGCAGUAAAGAUCAAACCGGAGCCCGGGCUCCCAGAAAAGUCAUCCAACGAGAUAUUAACUGAACUUUUCAGCACUUUUGACGUACCCGACGAUGACGAAUCAGAAAAUUCUCGGAGCAGCAAGGAAGUUGAACAAAAGAACGGCACUGACGUCGAACAGAUGGAUAAAACGAAAGUAAAGGUAAAAGUUGAGAAAGACAACGAGCCGGGUUCAAGUAAGAAGAAGAAAUCUAAGAAAAAGCACAAACACAAAAAUGACAAUAAAGAUAAAGAGAAAAAACACAAGCACAAGAAAAACUCAAAACAUGAUUCUUCUGACAGUGUCAGCGAUGCUGAGAAUGGAGGCUCUAAGAGAAAAAAGAAAAAAAAGAAGUCAAAACGUAAACAUGAAUCUGAUUCCUCCAAAAUCUUAGAAAAUGAAGAAUCAAGCUCAAAGCGCAGAAAGUUGGAUAAAGAAAAUAAAAACCAAUCAUCAAAGAAUGAUGAAAAUUCAAAGAAACAAGAGGAAACCUCAAAUGCUGUGAAAAUAAAGCAAGAGAAAAUUGAUAACAAACAUGUACCAGAAAUCUCAAAUAAAAAAGACGCUAGUCCUGUUAUAUCUUCCAUAUCUAAAAGAUUAGACGAUGAUGCAGAAGCUCCUGAAGUACCAAAGUUACUAGAAAAAACCAAAAAUUCUACAAUUUGCAAAAUUCAAAUAAAAGAUCUUAAAAACAGUGAAGUGUACAACAACACUAUAAAAGAAGUAGAAAACAAAAUAAAGAAAAAAGUGGAACGUAUGGAAGAUGGUGAAAUAACCGACAGUGAAGACGAAAAUCUAACUCCAUCCUUAAGUCCUACACCUCCAUUAGGAAGCAGUCAUUCUGGAAUAAAUAGUUUACGUUCCGAUAAGAAACGACGUUCAAAAAGUCCAUCUUCUCGAAGCACAAAAAAGAGUGAUUUAAGAAAUACACUUAAAAAAAAAGACAAGAAAAAACACGUCAGUAGCAGUAGAUCUAGCUCUAAAAGUAAUUUUAAAGAUGGUAAAAAAAGGCGUAGAAGUAGAGAUAAAGAUAGAAGUAACAGCUGUCACACUAGAGACAAAAGAACGCGAAGUCGAAGCGCUGAUAGAAAAAGAUAUUGUAGAGAAAGAAGUCGAGAAAGGCGAAACAGGAAAAGAAAUACCGAUAGAGAGCGAGAUCGAGAGGAUAGAUACAGUCGAAGUGAAGAUAGAAAUAGAAGACGAGGACGUAGUAGGAGUAAAGAAAGGAAAGAACGUAUUGAAAUAGACAAAAAGAAACUUUUAGAAAUAGCUCGACGAAAUGCAAUUAAUAUGAUAAAGAAAGGUAAAUUGCCAUUAGCUCAACAAGAUAAAGCUAUUGCAGCAAUUCAAGCCGGUGGUAAAAGCAUAGAAGAGUUAACAGACUUCUGUAAAUCUUUGUCAAAGUCUGAAGCAUUGGGAGAACUAUCAAGUGUAUCAUCCGAUGAUGAAAGUAGUACAGAAAAAGGCUUUCAUCAUCCAUUCUUAAUAAAAGAACGUCCAAAUUUAAUAAUUAUGAAUAUUCGAGAUGCUAAACAGUUACCAACAAAAACAUUUUUAGAGAAAACGACUGAAACAACUACCCAAUUACGUUUACAAUUUCCUGUAUCUAGCGGACAACAACACAGAAAAAGUGAAAAAGAAUGGAUUCCAGUGUCACCAAAACCUAAGAAUCAAAAAUCUGAGACUAAGAAAUUAUUUGUUGCUGCAAAAGAAGUUUUCCACACGACACCUCAGGCUAUUGUGACUCCACCAUUGUCUACUCAAGAAGUUCCUAUUGUUCCUGAUACCCCAAUCGCUCCAGUGAUACCCAUGCAAUCUGGAAUUCCAGUUGAUCAAUCUACACAUGUACCUCAACUAGUUUCACCUGAACAGUCCGUUUUUCCUGAACCUUCUGCAGAACAAGUUGAUAUUAGCUCAAUAGUGUCCCAACGAUUGGCUGCUAUGAGAAAAUUAUCUGAAAAUCCAAAUGAUAUACAAGCUCUUAAUCAAAUGUACAAAGCACAAACUGAGAUGAAAACAUGGAUAGAAAGUAAGCAAGUUCCAGGUCAAUUUACUGGUUCUACUGGAGCCAGAGUGCUUACACCAGCUGAAUUAAAUUCAGGGCAUCAAGCUUGGGCCAGAAAGGAUCAAUUACUGUCAGCACAACCAGUCUCUGGGGGUAUGGGAAUGGCGCUGCUACAAAAAAUGGGUUGGAAACCAGGGGAGGGAUUAGGGAAAAAUAAAGAAGGGACAUUGGAACCUUUACAACUGGAGGUCAAACUUGACAAAAGAGGUCUGGUUUCUGAUCAAGAUAUUGUAGCACCUAGAAUGGGAAGAACUUCAAGAUCUUCUGCACCUACAGUUAAAAAUUUAGAUGGUAAACAUCCAGUUUCUUUACUUGGAGAAUACUGUUCUAAACGUAAAUAUGGAGCACCUACAUAUGAAUUAUGCUUUGAAUGUGGACCAGAUCAUAAAAAAAAUUUCUUAUUUAAGGUUAGAGUUAAUGGCAUUGAAUAUAAGCCAGCAGUAGCAAGUCCCAAUAAAAAAUUGGCUAAAGCAGAAGCUGCACAAAUUUGUCUGAGAUCAAUAGGUCUUCUACGAUAAUUGAUUAUAAUUUAUUAAUCAGUUACAGACAUGCUAUUGAUCCAGUAUUUGUUAAACUUUUUGUAAUACUACAAUUACUAUGUAACUUUGAUUAAUCAGAUAUUUGCAAUUUCAUACUGUAUAUGUUUUUUUAUUUUAAUUGACGACAACAAUAUAAAAUAAAACAGUAACUUUAAAAAAGUUACUGUUUUAAAGUAAAAUAAAACAGUAACUUUUUCAAAGUUACUGUUUUAUUUUAUACUGUUAUACCUUUGUAAAUGAAAAUGAAUGGAGCACUUUUAUUAUAUUUGUAGAUAUUGUAAAUAUGUAUGAAUGUUUUCAAGAAUGUUAUUGAAAUUGCUAUUUAAUUAUUUUAAAUAUUUAUAGAU